CCCAAAGAGGGUGUCUCCAUGUAGAAUCUCUCUCUAUCUAUGUUCUUUCUUUAUCACCUUAAUGGCUUUCUUCCUCAUUCCAAAUCACUUCUGUCACAUCCCCUUCUUCACUCUCCACCUCCUAUGUUUCUCUCACCAACUCCUUCAACUUCACAUUUCAUGCAUUAGUUUCUUAGAGGCCUACACUAUGAUGUUUCUUUUCUUUGUAUUUAACUCAUGAUGAUUCUGUAACGCUUCCCUUAAUACCACUUAACUCAUUUCUUUGACUAGGCUUUCCCUUUGUUCACUCUUUCUUCUUUACAUGUAUGCCUUGGUUUUUGUGCUUUGUCUCUCCCCCUUUGCACCCUUUCUUUCAGGUUCUGCUCAUCUGAAUGAACAUGUAGAAACUUUGAAUAAAUCAACCUAUGGUCUCUUUCUGUUUCUUCACGUUUAUGUGAUAGCCUCUUUAAACUGAUCAACACCAUGAUGUGAAAGCUUGUCAAUUUGUCUUCUGGAUAGUUAUAUUUGGCAAUAAGGUGUAAAGGCUUGGCUGAUCAACAUGCAGAGAAAGAGAAAUCAGGGAAAAAGAGCAUUUUCCCAGAAAUGGGUUAGUAUGUCUAGUAAAAAAGCAUUGCCUGUUUUUGGUGGUGGCACUUGUAGGGGCAAGUUUUCUCACAACUCCUCAGCUGAAAAGAUGAGAAUUUUAGAACUAGAAGUGUCUCCCUAUAGGGGCAAUGGUUCCUCCUUAGGUGAAGAGCCUCAGGAUGCAGAUUAUGAUCACGUUCCAUGUCUCAGUGAUGAGCUGGAGACCAUGAUAUUGGCAAGGUUUCCAAUAUCAAAACACUGGAAGAUGUGCUGUCUAAGCAAGCGGUUUCUGACCCUUCUCAAGAGUGGUGAAAUCUACAAAAUGAGGAGGGUGAUAGGGUUCAAGGAACCAUCAGUGUUCAUGUUGGCAAGUGGAGAGAGAAACUGGUAUGCAUUUGAUGGCCACUUCAGGUCCUGCAGGAAGCUCCCUAUAAUUCCAUCAGAUUACAACUUUGAGUGGGGAGAUAAAGAGUCAUUUUCAGCAGGCACAAAUCUCUUUGUUUCAGGCAAGGAGGUUGAGGGUGGUGUUGUCUGGAGGUAUGAGUUAGCCACACAUGAAUGGUUCAAGGGUCCUUGCAUGCUCACUCCAAGGUGCCUCUUUGCAUCAGCCUCAUGUGGCACCAUGGCUUAUGUUGCUGGUGGACUUGAGACAACAACUUCGGAAGUUUUGAGUUCUGCUGAGAGAUACAACUCAGAAAACCACACUUGGGAGACCCUCCCAAGGAUGAUUCAAAGGAGAAAGUCUUGCUCAGGUUGUUACUUGGACAACAAAUUUUAUGUACUUGGAGGGCGAGAUGAGCAACAGAACGACCUCACUUGUGGGGAAUUCUUUGAUGAAGGGACCAACACUUGGAACUUGGUUCCUGAGAUGUUGAAAGAUAUCCCUCUUUCAACUCCAAGAGCACCUCCUCUUGUUGCUGUUGCCAACAAUGAGUUGUACACCCUUGACGCUUCCUCAAAUGAGCUUAAGGUUUAUCUCAAGGGAAAUAACUCGUGGAAGAAGUUAGGACAUGUUCCAGUGAGAGCUGAUACACAAGGUGGUUGGGGUGUGGCAUUCAAAUCCUUGGGAAAUGAGUUGCUUGUUAUUGGGGCUACCUCUUCCUCCUAUUCACCGCGUACCAUGAUGAAGAUAUACACUUGCUUACCUGAUCCACAUGUUGAGAAAUUGCAGUGGAAACAAAUUGUGUGUGACAGCACCAACCUUAACCCCUUUAUUCACAAUUGUGCUGUCAUGUUAGCCUGAACCUUCAUGUCAAUCUCCAAAAAUACAAACGGAAUAAGAAAAGUUUCUGUUUGUUGGUUAAUAUGAAGUAGUCAUCUUUUCUAAAUUCAAGCUUCUGUUGUGUGAUCUUUGUUUCUAGUAAUUGAGCCACAUGAAGGUGUCACUUCAUGAAACUACUUGAAUGGCUUAGGGUAGUUACGAAGCUUGUUUAUGUAUCUCGUUUCUUCGUCUUUACUUUCAAUGGUAUCAAAAAUGACAAGUACAAUCUAUUGACAGUGAAGAGAAGCAGAUAAUAAGCUUCAUAAAUCAAAUGCUAAAG